CUGGUAUCCCUGUUCGGAGUCACCUUCACCUUCGCGUCGUGCCUGCGGAACGGCUGGGUGUGGGACGCCGUGGGCUGCGCGUGGGACGGGUUUAGCGGCAGCCUCUUUGAUUCUGUCACACCAGAGGUUACAAAUGGCCCAAAGAAGUCCAACUCGUGUGGAUAGAUAAUUAGCAAGGCAACCAGUACAUUUAAUUAAAGUAGAACUUGUUGAUUUCUUGAAGAUUUAUAUUGAGAAUUGACGGGUUACAGGUUGACUAAUCCAGUAUUCUAAGCCUGGGAAAAGUGUGUGUGUGUGUGUGUGUGUGUGUGUGUGUGUCCGUCCUAAGGAUUUUGCUUGUACAACAAUUUAAAAUAGAAAUGGAUAUUUCUUAAGGCUUAAAGCCCCUUUUCACAAACCUUAAAACACACUGACAAUUUACUAUUGCCUUGAUCUUGGCAGAUAGAGAAAAACAUUUAUGUAAUAUCCUUGACAGUUUUUAUUUGCCAACUUAACAUGUGACAAACCCAAAUCUCAUGCUGUUUGUCAUCAUUCCCUUUUUAAAGUUUUAAAACAAAAUUUAGGACUUACGAUGUUUUUUCACUGAUUGACAAUUCUGAUAAUUUCUUAUUCUCUUUCCCCCAAUAAACACUGAUCUAAGGACUCCCUUUACAUAACGAUAUUGAACCUCGAGAGGAAGGUCUGUGAGAGGAUGCGAGUGAGAAGAGUUCCAGUCACAAAUGCAUAUGUGAUGCAUGGUAACAUUUACCGCUAAGGUGACAUGCAGAAAUGAAAAGGACACAUCCGUUUGAGUAUUCUCAGAUAUGAUCACAUGCACUUUAUCGUGUUUUCCAUGCUCCUGACUCUCUUUUUUAAUGUUUAAAAAUUAUACCAGUUAAAAGCUUAGGACUCAUAAACUCAGUGUUUCUGAAUGAACAUCACAAGUAGAGAUUUUAUUACAGCAUCAGGACCUCAGAAGAGCUCUCAGCCUAGAUCUGUGCGGUGUUCUUUCAUCAGCUGUGGCCUGUAAGCUUCAGCUCCCAGGAUGGCAGACAAGCUUCCCACAGAGUUUGAUGUGGUUAUAAUAGGCACAGGUCUGCCUGAGUCCAUCCUGGCAGCUGCGUGUUCAAGAAGUGGACAGAGAGUUCUGCACGUUGACUCAAGGAGUUACUAUGGAGGGAACUGGGCGAGUUUCAGCUUUACAGGUUUGCUGUCCUGGCUGAAGGACUGUCAACAGAACCACGACAGCGAGGAAGGCGUGACUGCCACGUGGCAAGACCUGAUCCAUGAAACAGAAGAAGCCAUCGUUCUUUGCCGGAAGGAUGGAACUAUUCGGCACACAGAAGUCUUCUGUUACGCUAGUCAAGAUGUGCAGGACAGCACGCAAGACACUGAUGCUCUACAGAGAAAUUCCUCCCCAGAGGCGUCUGCUCCUCAGGCUGACUCUCUGGAUUCUGCAAGCGUGCCCAGAGAAAGGCACUCGGCAUACUCUGCAAGCUCUGAGGCGCCUUCUAGACAUGCAGAGGGAAGUGAUAGAGAGCUUUCACUACCCUCAGCUGAUGCAGAGGGCUCACUGGAGAAAGAAACGUACUGUGGGGAUAAAACGGAUGUGGCCACAGUUUCAGGUGGAGAUAAAGGUGAACACAAACUCGUAGAAGACAGCAUUGAACAGCCAAAGAGAAACAGGAUUACUUACUCUCAAAUGGUUAAGGAGAGCCGGAGAUUUAAUAUUGACUUGGUAUCAAAGCUGCUGUAUUCUCAAGGGUCACUGAUUGAUCUGCUAAUCAAAUCAAAUGUUAGCCGUUAUGCAGAAUUUAAGAAUGUCACUAGGAUCCUUGCAUUUCGGGAAGGGAAAAUAGAACAGGUGCCUUGCUCCAGAGCAGAUGUCUUCAAUAGUAAAGAGCUCACUAUGGUUGAGAAGAGAAUGCUGAUGAAGUUUCUUACAUUCUGUUUAGACUAUGAACAACAUUCUGAUGAAUACCAAGAUUUCAAACAAUGUUCAUUUUCUGACUACUUAAAAACUAAAAAACUAACACCCAACCUCCAACAUUUCAUACUGCACUCAAUUGCAAUGACAUCAGAAUCAUCCUGCACUACAUUAGAUGGCCUUCAAGCAACAAAGAACUUCCUUCAGUGUCUCGGACGGUUUGGCAACACUCCCUUUAUAUUUCCUUUAUAUGGCCAAGGUGAAAUCCCCCAGUGUUUCUGCAGGAUGUGUGCAGUUUUCGGCGGAGUCUAUUGUCUUCGCCAUAAAGUACAAUGCCUUGUAGUUGACAAAGACUCUGGAAGAUGUAAAGGAAUCAUAGAUGACUUUGGUCAGAGAAUAAGUGCAAACUACUUUAUUGUGGAGGACAGUUAUCUUUCUAAGGAAACAUGCUCAAAUGUGCACUAUAAGCAGAUCUCAAGGGCAGUGCUCAUCACAGAUCAGUCCAUCUUGGAGACGGAUUCAGACCAGCAGAUUUCCAUUUUAGUAGUGCCUCCUCUGGAACCAGGAACCGCUUCUGUUCGAGUCAUGGAAUUAUGUUCAUCAACCAUGACAUGCAUGAAGGACAGCUAUCUGGUCCACCUGACCUGUUUGUCCUCAAAAACAGCCAGAGAAGACUUGGAACCUGUGGUGAAACAGUUAUUCAUUCCUUUUGCAGAAGCAGAAACAGAAGCAGAACCAGACAAAGAUGAAUUCAGGAAACCAAGACUCUUGUGGGCUCUUUAUUUUAAUAUGAGAGAUUCCUCGGGAGUGAGCCGAAGCUCAUACUGCGGCUUACCUUCCAAUGUGUACGUCUGCUCUGGGCCUGACUGUGGACUGGGGAAUGAGCAUGCGGUCAAGCAAGCUGAAACACUGUUCCGGGAGCUCUUUCCCAGUGAAGAGUUCUGCCCGCCUCCACCAAACCCUGAAGACAUUAUCUUUGAAGCUGAGGGUUAGCAACCCUGUACUCCCGGAGUUAGUAAUACACUUACCACUAAGCUAGACACCCCAAGGACAGCAAGAACUUUUAAAACCUAUGACACCUUCAGAACCAAAAGCAAAGUCUGGAAGUGCUUCAUCCUGGCCUCAAAGCAUUGCCGUAUGAGUGAGCAGCAGUAACUGUGAGAAACACUGCUCACGGAUCUUCAGCAGUGAGAUACUGAGCACUGCUGACCUUUCAGCAACUGGUUUGAUAGUGACUUGGCUCUGUUGUUUCAGAAUUGGCUCCACAGAUUCAGAAUCUUUGAAUGCUGUUCACUUUUAUUUUACUUCUGGGUCCCUCGUUAGCACCUUUGCUUACCUUAAGGUAAUAUCACACUUGCUCCCAUGCUUAGGUUUUAUUAUUAUUUUUUUUUACACAAAAUUAAUGCUCAAGGACUAUUUUAGCUACUACUGCAGCUACUAUUGUUGCUACCACCUCAGAUAUAUAGAGGGAUACAUAAAUCAUAAACUAGGGGAGUUGUUUUGUAUAUUAUGUGAACACAUAGAGAUGGUAGCGGGAGUAGCAGCUAAUUCAAAUGCCAUGUGAUAAGACACAACUGUCAGAAGUUUAGCUGUGCGUGCCGCUAUGUCUUGGGGUUGACACGUGUGACUUCACCUGCUUGACCACUGGAACUCAGGAGGCAGUGAGACUACCCUAGCCUUCUACUUUAUAAGAAGAGGUACCUUUUAGUAGUCCAAGAAACUCAUAUUUAAGAGAUGCAUCACAAUCUAGGCAUGGUGGCUCACUCCUGCAAUCCUGUCAUCCAGGAGGCUGAGACAGGAGAAUUGCUGUAACCCAGGUCAGUCUGGGCUACAGUGUUGAGACUGUUUCGAAACAAAACAGUCUUCCUCCCACCAAAAAAGAAGUACAUUAUAAAGAAGACGAAAGGAACAAGAUUUCUUCAGAAAAAAUUUUAAUAGAGUUGACAGUAACACUUAACUCCCAACUCAGGCUAACAUAAAUUAAUAAAUUACCCCGGAAAAAGAUACUUCAGGGUAGAUGUUAAGAGAUUAUCAGAAAGCAAUUCCUGAGGAGGAACAGUGGUGCAUCUUAAUGUGGGAGUAUAGAUAGCUUUUUAAGAUAGAUUUCCCCAUCCAAGCUUCUCAGGGUGAAGCAUGCUACCUGGUUGUCUGGACUUACAUAAGCAUUGGUAACAGAGGGUAUGACUACUACAUGUCUGUUACCUGGAGAUGGGACAUUUUCCCUCUAGAACUACCUGCUGUACCCCAGCCGUGAAAACCCUCUAUACUGUGGGAAGGGCACAGCAUGUUAAUAGACGGCUGUGUGUUCUGAGUAUACUCUUAUUCCUCUUUAGUGAGGGAAGCAAGGCAAGACGCUCACACGAAUGGCAGCAUGCCGAGAGUAGACAGCCAUCAGUUGCUCUUAGUAUUUGCUUUUUUAAGACAGUAACGUGAAAAUAUUGGCUAGAUCUUAAGGUUUAAAUCUAGCCUAACAACUGAAAUACCUGAAGUGACCUAAAAAUAGCAAUUAAGAAAAUAACAAUUCUAAGAUCAGUGAAAAGUGAGAGUGUCUAAAGUUUGUCAGAAGCACCGUCUUUUCCAGAGACAUUUAAAAGAGGUAGAGCUGUAAAAGAUAAACAGUCAUUUCAAAAGACAGCUGAAUGUAAUGGAACUAAAGGUUAGACGAGGCCAAAGUACUGUUUGUGUGUUUGUUUGGAACUAAGGAAGUGAAUAUAUCACUUUAAAUCAUCACAAAAUAAUAAGUUGGAAGUGAGAUAAACCAGUAAAAAGUAUUAAACCAGUAAAAUCUAUUAGGGGUAUUAUCUAAGUUUCUAACAAGUUAGAAUGGGCUUAUUGUAGUUUUCACAUGUUUAAGAAAUAAAAUCAUAACUGCUGCUUUUCACCAAUUAUAUUUUGACCCAGGGAUGGCUCCAUUCUAAAAAUCAAACAAAGCCUCUCAUUCUGGGUAGGUGGGAGCUGCAGAAUACAGUGUUGGCCAAGAGCUAGCAACAAACAGAAACAAUUACUUCCAAUGACUCAGGAUUAGAGGGCUGUGUUCAAUAGAGUAGCCAUGCAUCAGCAGGAACAGAACAGGGCCCUUAAUAUUAACUGCACUAACCAGAAACAUACUCACAUUUGCUUUAAUUAUUUUUGCUAAUGAUUUUGUAGGCUUUUCAUAAUAUGAUAAGCAACUACUUAAAACUUAACUCAAAUUUCUAUUGGGAAAGCAUAUAUGAACCAUUUCUCAAGCAGAAAUGAAAGGCCUUAUUACUAUUUUUACCUGUAUAUGGCUGAAAAAAUUGUCACUGGAAUAAAAAUGGAAAGUAAAGAUGCAGAAAGAAACCAGUGCAAAUAUAUUCUAGUUUCAUGGCUUUAUAAUUUACAAAACCUAUAACAUAUAAAUAUAUUACAAACAAGAUAAUUUCACAAGUUGCAGGAUACAUAGUUCUUGAAAUCUCUAGAUUCCAAAAGUGAUGGAUUUUAAGCAUUCACACGCACACACACAUAAUUUUAAAAUGUUAUAUAGUUAUAUUAGAAUAAUUUUAGAAAUAUACUAAAACAGAAGGUUUAAUGAAGGAACUACGUUUAAAAUAUGAGUAUGCUCCCAUGAGAACUAUCUUGGCUUGAAGAAAAUGCUAUAAAUACAGGGAGACCUCACAUCAUUCACUGCUAGUUGUCUGACCUCAAGGCAAUCACUUUUAGCUUCCAUUCACCAUCUGUAAAGUAGAUAUAAUACUUAACAGAAUUACUGUGAAGAUCAAGUUGGAUAAUGUAUAAGAACUCAUAUCUAAAAUAAUGCCAGUAUAUGACAUUUGUAUGUAAGUAGUUUUUAUUGUAUCAUUUGUGAUGCCAAGCUUAUGUUUUAUGUAGUUUGAGAAAAUGGUGAUAAAUUAUCCAGGGAAGUAAGCAGGGAAAGAGGGGAAAAUACAGGGGCUUUGCCCUUCAAGUCCUUAAGGCAUGAUAACUGUGCAACCUAUCUAAGUGUUCUGUGGUGCUGAGUUCAAGAAAGGUAAGACUAGCCAGCUAUCUGGAAGGAACCUGCUCGUAGGAAAACUGUGUCAGUAUAUAGGUAGGAACUAGGUACACUUUUCAUUAAGCAGUGCAGUUUAUUUGUAAAUGAAACUGUUAAGCAUAAAAGUAAUAAUAAGGCUAUGAUUUUUACCCCAGUCAUGGUGCCAAGGAAUGUUCUGGCAGUGAACAUUGACAAGGUACAUCAACUAAAAUUAAACUGAAAAAAAAAAAUACAAAGCAAGGAGAGAAGGUGGAAUAAAAAAGCUGCCCCUAUUUCAUGGGUGGUUUUUUUUUUUUUGAGACAGGGUUUCUCUGUUUAGCCUUGGCUGUCCUGGAACUCACUCUGUAGACCAGGCUGGCCUCGAACUCAGAAAUCUGCCCGCCUCUGCCUUCCAAGUGCUGUGAUUAAAGGUGUGCGCCUGGCUUGAUUUUAUUCUUCCUUUUAAGUGGAUGCAGAUUCUUUAGGUGUCCUCCUCUGCUUGUGCAUAGUAUAAAGUGACAAGUUGCAAAUGAGGAAAAAAUAGUAAAAAUAAUUUCUCUGAUCCUCAAAUUAACAUACAUUAAAAUAGAAAUUGAAGAAGUGUUGACUGAGUUCCUACUAUUUUUAAAUCUGCAUGAGCCUUUAUACAGUAGCAUCAUGUAUUCGUGGUCAUUUUCAAGAACUACUUAGGAGAUUAACCAGACUUCUAUAACUGUAUUUCUGACAUCAGUUUGAGUAGCACAUGCCCAGGAAAAUACUCAGAAUGAACAAAUGAAUAAAUAAAGCUACUUUUAAACAGAUAAUUCUAGCAGUUUCAUUCAUACGACUUUUUAAAAAGCCAGCUGACUAAGAAGUGGAUAAGUUGCUGUAUUGCUAGUGCUGUUGUAAGCUUACAGAGAGUUAAGUGGCAUAUGGAAGACUCUAUAUAAGUUUGUCUGAGGAUCAAAAAUGUUAGUUUACACCAGAAAUUACUGUGUGCUGGUUACAUUUGUGUAAAAAUUGAGACCUCUACCUUGGAAGGAAUCAGAAGGCAUAUAACUGCAGGUUAAUGUAUGAUCUUUUUAUUUCUGUAAGAUAUAAUGUGUAGAACUAAAAUAAAAGAUUAAAUGGUGAAA